GCGGCCUGAGCGGCCGGGACGCACGAUGCGCGCCGAGGGCGCGGCCCCCGGGCCGGGGGCGCCGCUGUGCGGGGCGCUGAGCCUGGUGCUGGGCGCGCUGCUGGGCAAAGUGAUAGAGGGCCGUGGGGUCACAGACAACAUACAGAGAUUUUCCUCGCUACCACCAUACCUGCCUGUGAGCUACCAGGUUCUCAGGGCAGAGACCUCCUUCCUCCUAAGGGAAGCCAACCAGGACGUAAUACGCAACUCCAGCCGGCAGACCAGAGUCGAGUCCUUCUUCACCUUCAAAGCCAAGCGGCCCCCUGUAUUAAAUGCCAGCUAUGGGCCUUUUUCUGUGGAGAAGGUCAUGCCUCUGGACUUGAUGUUGACUUCGAACCUUUUAGGCCCAACCAAGAAGUUUAAUUUCAACUGGAAGCUGAAGGCCUCCAUCCUGCGGGACAAGAUCUACCUGAGCCGGCCCAAGGUGCAGGUGCUCUUCCACGUCGUGGGCAGAGACUGGGAUGACCACAGCCCCGCGGAGAGGCUGCCCUGCCUGCGCGUGUUCGCUUUCCGGGAGACCCGGGAGGUGAGGGGCAGCUGCCGGCUGCAGGGGGACCUGGGGCUGUGUGUGGCCGAGCUGGAGCUGCUGGCCGGCUGGUUCAGCACCCCCACGGUGGUGGCUGGGAGGAAGAAGUCGGGGGACCCGGCAGAGGGGAGCCUGGUGGAGCUCUAUUACACCGUGCAGGCGGGCGACGAGCGAGGAGACUGUGCUGGUGGUGACGUCAGGAAGGGCAAUGCCAUCCGUCCGGGGAAGGAUGGACUGGAGGAGACCACGUCUCACUUGCAGAGGAUUGGCGCCGUCGGCCUCUAUCGGGCCCAGGACAGUGCUCAGCUCAGCGAGCUGCGUUUGGAUGGCAACGUGGUCAUCUGGCUGCCUUCCAGGCCAGUUAAACAAGGAGACGUGGUCACUGCCUAUGUCACCGUCGCCAGUAAUUCCACUGUGGACCUCUUCAUCUUGAGGGCCAAGGUGAAGAAGGGCGUGACCAUCCUGAGCGCUCAGCCCAGCGAGCCUCGGCAGUGGGACGUCAAGCAGGAGAUGGGGAACGGCGGGAAGCACGCCACCACCACGGUGGUGUGCCAGCGCCUGGGGCCCAGUGCGAGCAACAGAAGCAGCAGUCUAUUCAAGGAGGUUGUGCAGAUGAACUUCGAGAUAGCCAGCUUCAGCAGCCUCUCAGGAACUCAGCCCAUCACCUGGCAGGUUGAAUACCCACGGAAGGGAACCACAGACAUCACCGUGUCUGAGAUCUUCAUCAGCCAGAAGGACCUGGUCGGCAUUGUUCCCUUAGCCAUGGACACUGCGAUUCUGAACACUGCCAUACUCACGGGAAAGACAGUAGCCAUGCCCAUCAAGGUGGUCUCUGUGGAGGAGAACGGUGUCGUGACGGAUAUCUCGGAGGCAGUGGAGUGCAAGUCCACAGACGAGGAUGUCAUCAAAGUGUCCGACCGCUGUGACUAUGUCUUUGUCAACGGCAAAGAGAUGAAAGGCAAGGUGGAGACGGUGGUGAACUUCACGUACCAGCACCUGAGCGCCCCCCUCCACGUCACCGUGUGGGCGCCCCGGCUGCCCCUGCAGAUCGAGGUCUCUGACACAGAGCUGAGCCAGAUUAAAGGCUGGAGGGUCCCCAUCGUGGCCAGCAAGAGGCCCACGCGGGAGAGCGAGGAUGAAGACGAGGAGGCGCGGCGGGCCCGGGGCUGCGCCCUCCAGUACCAGCACGCCACCGUGCGAGUGCUCACCCAGUUCGUGGCCGAGGGCGCCGGCCCGUGGGGCCAGCCAAGCCACCUGCUCAGCCCCGACUGGCAGGUCGACAUCACCCACCUGGUGGCCGACUUUAUGAAGCUGGAGGAACCUCACGUUGCCACACUCCAGGACAGCAGGACCCUGGUGGGGCGCGAGGUCGGGAUGACUACCAUCCAGGUGUUGUCCCCACUGUCCGACUCCAUCCUGGCAGAGAAGACGGUCACCGUGUUAGAUGACAAAGUAUCGGUGACAGACUUGGCCAUCCAGCUCGUGGCUGGGCUGUCUGUCACCCUCCACCCCAGCCCGGAGAACAGCAAGGUCAUCACAGCUGUGGCCACAGCUGAGGAGCUGCUGCGGACCCCCAAACAGGAAGCCGUGGUCAGCACAUGGCUCCAGUUCAGCGAUGGCUCAGUGACGCCGCUGGACAUCUAUGACACCACCGACUUCACCCUGACUGCCACCUCCCUGGACGAGGCCGUCGUGUCCGUCUCCCAGGCCCGCUCUCCCAGGUGGCCCGUUGUGGUGGCUGAAGGGGAAGGCCAGGGGCCCCUGGUCCGAGUGGACUUGACCAUCGCGGAGGCCUGCCAAAAGUCCAAACGCAAGAGCGUCCUGGCCGUGGGCAUUGGCAACGUCAGGGUCAAGUUUGGCCAGAACGACGCUGACCCCAGGCCCGGCAGGGACUACGAUGAGGGGGAGAUCAAGAACCACGCCAGUGACCGGCGGCAGAAGGGCCAGGACCCGGAGCGCGCGGGCCAGGAUGCGCACUUCCACGGCAGCUCCUCCGUGGAGCGCGAGGAAGGCGCCCUCCGGAGGGGCAGCACCACGGCCAAGUCGCUGCUGGACAACAAGGUGGUGAAGAACAGCCGGCUGGACGGGGGCAGGCUGGCGGGAGAGGGCCAGCUGCAGAACAUCCCCAUUGACUUCACCAACUUCCCGGCCCAGGUGGACCUGCCCCAGGCGGGGGGCGGGCUGGGGGACAGCGACCUGGUGCAGACGCCGCGGGGCCUGAGCGACCUGGAGAUCGGCAUGUACGCGCUCCUGGGGGUGUUCUGCCUGGCCAUCCUGGUCUUCCUGAUCAACUGCGCCACCUUCGCCCUCAAGUACAGGCACAAGCAGGUGCCGCUAGAAAGCCAGGCCUCCAUGACCCACUCGCACGACUGGGUGUGGCUGGGCAAUGAGGCGGAGCUCCUGGAGAACGUGGGCGAGGGGUCGCCCCCCCAGGAUGAGCACACGACCAUCAUUGACCGCGGGCCAGGUGGCUGCGAGGAGAGCAACCGGCUCCUGCUCAACGGUGGGUCCCAAAAGCACGUGCCGAGCCACCCCCACCGGCCGGCCGACUCCGGGGGGAAGCAGGGCAGGGACCAGAAGCAUGAGCCCCUGCACUCGCCCACCUCCAAAAGGAAGAAGGUGAAGUUUACCACCUUCACGACCAUUCCCCCAGACGACAGCUGCCCCACCGUGAACUCCAUCCUCGGCGCCAACGAGGAGGACAUCAAAUGGGUGUGCCAGGAUGUGGACGCGGGCGCCCCCAAAGAACUCAGAAACUAUCUGGAGAAAUUCAAGGACAAGGUGUAGCCCCUUGGCCGAAGGGCCGGGCGCCUGGACACCCUCCUUCAGCCCCUGUAGAUCUGGGCCCCGGGAAUCCCGGGGGUUGAGCAGGGAGGCCCUGGGGCCCUUCUAGACCAGAAGGAAGUUUUGAAGCCUGGAAGGGACUUUUUUUGUAAUCGAAGGUUUUUUAGCAGUGGAUGAUGGCAGAUUUUUGAAAGUGAGCGGGACAAACUCUGGGGGGGAAGCUGACGGUGAUGCUGAACUGCGCAAGGCCAAAUUAGGGCGGUUAUUUUAUGAGUCAAAGUAUAACACAGACAUGCUACCAAAAAUUAUUUGUUAAAAAAUGCAAAAAGACAAAUAAAAAGAGACAGAAAUAAUCAUCUGUUUAUAUUUCUAAUAAAGGAGCAAAAUAUAACAGUAGGGCCUGCUAAGAGACAUCUUCCAUUUUAAUUCAACACUCCGCUUUCAGAGGACAGCCUCUGACGUCCACGUGGGGCUGGGGGGGCGCGUUUCCACAUCCUGGUUUCCUCUUGGGACAGACCUGAGGAUUUUUAAAUCUUUAUUUGAUAGUCUUUUCUUCUCUUUGUCCACAUGUUCUUUUUUUCCCCUCUCCUUUUUCUUUUUGUGGCCUAGACUUCCAUAUGACUUAUGUUUCGUGUUUAUUUCUGAGGAUCAAAUAUAUUUUUCCUGAAUUAAACAUAAAUUAUCCUCCUGUUCGUUAGAUGAAUUCUCAGAAGCAUGGUCAAUCUGUUCUUUAAGUGCAAGUUGGUGCUUUUCUGUAACGCUCCAGCCUUGUUGGCACUUGCUGGGUUUUACGAUUAGCGGGAGCUUUUGGAGUCUUUGCAGGGGGAGGGGACUGACCUUGACCCACCGCCACACCCACCAUCGGGCCAGAGGCAGCGCGUGGGACAUUGUCAGCGGCUGGUCAAAUGGGGUGCGGCCAGCAGCACAGAGCCCAGCCUGGGCCCCCUGUCCACUCGGCCACACUCCAUCCCUGGUCAAAUCCACAAGAGAAAGACCGCUCCCAGCCUCGUCUAUCGGGAGACAUACUGGUAUGGAGAAAUGAACAAAGGUAAAAGCUGUUGGAGGGUUUUUAAGUUGUUUUUUUUAUCAGCAGGGCAUUUCAGCAUAAAUUGCAAAGAUGAAAAUCUACGUUGGAUUGUCAAUCGUCUGUGUUUUAACAGCCUAGUUGUGCAGUGGCACAUUGCAAAACGCGUUCAUCCAAAGUGACGUAGUUGCGGCAGGGAGGCCCACGCCGCUUUGGAGCGACGCCCUCCAGGCCUGCAGACUCGGGCCGCGCGUGAUACCCUCAGCCGGACGGCCCACGCAGACCACGGGCAGGCUUCUUGUUUUUAUUUUUUUAAUUACUAAAAUCAUUAGCUAAGAAAGGGCCCUGAAGCCUCAUAACCUCAGUGGGACCUUUUAAAAAGGUAUUUCUAGCACAUAUUAUAGGCAGAGAAAAGGAGAUAUUUAUUUACACCUGUGAU